UUUUGGCUCGAGGUAGUAUGGCGUCUCACGCGAUCUCCUCCAAAUGGCUUCUGCCGUAAAGACCGUGAGGAAUGGCGAAAUCGAUGGCCCGUGCCAAGUGGAACAACUGCCCUGCCAUGAGCCCUUUGAGCCCAAAGAACCUCGAGAACCACCUCGAAGUUCUGCGCUGCGGGGGCUUCUCUAUCAAAGGGAGAGGCCUGCGAGAGACAGUAAAGUUCAUUGGGAUGAAGAGUGCAUUGCCGAGCAUGACAAGGAGCGUGGCACACGUCAAAAGAUUGACGAGCCGGAUACUCCUUUCGUGCGAAGCCCGCAAGAGUCUGACGAUGAGGCGCAGGAGAGCGCCAGUCGAGCUCAGCCAAUCAGGCACGUCAAGGUAGCAUCUCAGGCGGCUGAAGAUGAUGAAGAAAGGAGAACGAUGUCCCCGCUGUCGCCAGAUGGAAUGGCGCUGUUGACAGACAAAUUGAAUCGUGGAUUGCAAUUCGAUGUCCACGAAGGCGAAGAAGAUCUCCCAUCGAAGGAUGACUGGAGGUCUAAGCGGAACGCGCACUACCGUGAUAUGGCAGCGGCCUUCCGUAAUGCGCCUUCGGAAGAUAGUGAAGGGAGCGACAGUGAUUGAUGCUUUCCAGAUGUAGUCUCACCCCUCAACUGCCUUGCUGCAAAGCUUUAGAGCUUUGAAGUUUUGUCACGGCUUUC